CAGUACGUCUACAACUUGAGAGCUAAUGGAAGAAAGAGUGCGAUGAUCAUCUUGGGUGACCUAACUUCUGGAAUUGACAGCGCAGUCGACUCAGUGAAUACUUUGAAAACAGCUGGUUUUUCAGUUUUCACCAUUUCUGAUUCACCUGAUUUCACUAAGCUUGCAACUAACAGUAGUUACUAUUUUCCGUUCGUUCAAGAUCCAACUGGUAUCGCCCAAACGAUAGCCGACAGUUUCUGCACCCCUAAUUCAUGCUCCUCAACGACUUCGCAAAUGACGACCGGCAGUCAAACAACUCCUCAAACUUCAGCAGCUUCAUCUCCAUCCACAACCGUCCAAACAUCAACUGUCGGCACGAUACCAACAAAAGCUCAAACUUCUACUUUGGGAACAACAGCAACUCCGGCUCCAACUUCCACUAUUGGAUCUUCCUCUACCUUAGCUCAAACAUCCACAGCA